AUUUUGUCACGUUACUCUUAACUAUUUUGACCGGCUUUGAUCUCUUACAUAUUGAACGUCACCUGCUCCGGAGCAGCUCAGCCGUUCAGCAUAAGUCACCACGGUGUUUCUACCCCGGUAAGAAGAGAACCACGUUCGUAGGACGGAACAAAACCAAGAUUUGAAACUGAAGUCACCUCGAUGAUCGCCACAUCCUUCCUCGUAGUUCAGGCCUUCCGCAGUGAACCGUAGCUCCUAACUGUCGCAUUACAAGUCACAAUUCGACACAACGCAUUUACACCCAAACAAACCCACGGGCGCGCGCCUUGUGUCGCGCAUUUUUAAAAAAAACCUUUGAAUGGGAUUUCGAAGCAGUCCCGUGGAUGAGUUUUUUUUUAAUCAAUAACUUUAUUAAGUGACAGUUUGCACAUACAUAUAACACAAAUACACUUACAGACAACAACGACUAAAUAAAUAAAUGAAUAAUACACAAUUCAUAUUCCAGGGAAUCUACAAAGUCCACCAGAUCAAUCAAUAGGCAGUUCAAUUAAUAUCAUCAACUACAGUUAGAAGAGUUCCAAUAUCCGUCAUGGGAGGUCACAAGUGUUGAGUAUAUCUGCACAGUCUUCAUAGCUUUACAAUCUUUAAAAAAAUCACGGAGUCCAAAUACCUAUCGAUUUCAAACUCAAACGCAGAAACGAAUGGUUUAGAGUUACAUCUGUGGAUGUGAUAUUUAGCAAGCAGAAAUGAAGGAUUUCCUUUAAAAUACUUUCCUUCACCAAAGAAAACAUUCUUUAAAACAAAAAGAGAAACCUGUAAUACAAUGAGAUGGGACGUACUCAAGAACAUUUGACCAGAAUUUCUGUGCAUAAACUUUUUGCAGAUACAGCGUUCAGAUUCAGUCACGUGGGUGUGUGAAACCUCGGGACGUCACCGGUCACGUGAUUGUGAUAGAGCCAAUCGAGCUCCGGUACAAAGCUUCACUGACAAACCAUUUCAUUUUUUUGUUGACACGCUUCCCGGAGCGUUGGUGUCACGGGUAACAUCGCUGUUUGUUUGGACACCGAGCGAUCCUGAAAUCCCGGCCGAAACCCCGAUAAACUCUAAAAAAGUAUGGUGACCAGAACAACAUCACUCCCGUCGAGCCGGACCGAAGGGAAGUAGUUCGAUAUGUGUUGAUGUCAGUUAGAGGAAACGCGGUUGAAGAGAGUUUCCGGUCGUAACGUUGGCGACUUGCUAGUUUUGCGCUAAGGCUCCGAGUUCUCCCACUAGCCUCUUUAGCUUAGCCGGCUAGCAAGCUAACGAGCUGCGGUAGGAAAUGCUCGUCUGGAGGUCUUUAAUUUUGUUAAAACAUAUGUAAUCACCGACGACCGUGAGAUGUUGUCGGCGGCAGUGUGCAGUAAGAGCUUUGACGAGGCGGAGGAGCGACAGGGGAGCAGGUAUCCGUGAGGUCGGGUCGCUCCGACAGUUAUGAGCAGUUUCAACAUUACAACCAGAACCUCCACGCUGAGCUCUUCGUCGGUGCCCGACGGCCACGGCUCGCCGGUCGUCGGCGUCAACGGCAACAACAACAACAAGCAGUGGGACUUGGGAGGCGAUGUGUUCCCGUGCUGUCGCGAGAUGAGUCCCAUGGACGAUGCGCUGCAGGCGGGCAUGUCCUCGGUCCAGCCGGGACUGGACGGACACCUGGCCCAGCUGCACGCCCGGCGCCACGGCACGCAGGGCGACCUGCUGUUGGACCUGAGCUCGCCGGCGGCCUACGUCGACAGCGGCUCCCCGGAGUACACCAACGGCGACGGGGGCAACGCCGGGCCGUUGUUCGAGAGGAGGAAGCGGUCGCGCUCCGACAGCUCCAGACACCGCUUCAACGAGGUGGUCACGGAGCUCGGACCCGAGGAGGUGCGCUGGUUCUACAAAGAGGACAAGAAGACGUGGAAGCCCUUUGUCGGGCACGACUCGCUCAACAUCGAGCUCAUGUUGCGGAAAUACCACGAGCUGAACCCGGGCGCAGCGGGCUCCAGGGUCCGCGGCGCGCCGCCGCCGCCGCCGCAGGAGGAGCAGGAGGAGCAGGAGGAGGAGGAGGAGUGCGGCGGUAACGGCGCGGUGCUGCUGGAGACGCGGACCAGCAGUGUGCACGGGGGCCGCGGGUCCCUGGACACAUCCACGGCGUCCUCAGACGACAGGGACCCUGACAGCGGGGACAUCAACGUGGAGCCCGUGUGUGUCCGAGGAGGCCUCUACGAGGUGGACAUCAGAGAGAGAGAGUGCUACCCUGUGUACUGGAAGCAACAAGAUCAGAUUUUAGUGAUGAGAGGGCAGUGGUUUAUUGACGGUACCUGGCUCCCAUUGGAGGAGGAGGAGAGUGACCUUAUCGAGCAGGAGCACCUGAACCAUUUCCGUGGACAACAGAUGCAGGACACGUUCGAGACUGAUUUGGUGGUCCAGACUGUCGAUAGCAAAGAUGUUCUCUCCCACCUGCCCCCUUUCUACCUCCCCUUUCUGUUCAAAUGGAGUGGAUUUCAGACGAGUGCUAGAACCACAUGUCACAAGCGCAAACGCUGUCAAGCCAUCCACAGUAUGAAGCUGAGUCGGACCCAUGUGGACUGGCACAGCGUGGAAGAGGUCUACCUCUACAGCGAUGCCACCACUUCCAAAAUUGCGCGCACCGUCACCCAGAAACUGGGUUUCUCCAAAGCUUCCAGCAGUGGUACAAAGCUCCACCGGGGUUAUGUGGAGGAGGCCUCACCUGAGGAUAGACCCCCUCAGACGACACACAUCGUCUUUGUGGUCCAUGGGAUUGGACAGAAGAUGGACCAGGGACGCAUUAUUAAAAACACUGGAAUGCUGAGGGAGGGCGUACGCAAGAUGGAGGAGAAGCACUUUGCGGAAAACAAUGAGGAGCAUGUGGAGUUCCUGCCCGUUGAGUGGCGCUCCAAACUGGCACUGGAUGGAGACACGGUAGACUCAAUCACACCAGACAAAGUGAGAGGACUGAGGGAUCUCCUCAACAGCAGUGCUAUGGACAUCAUGUACUACAACAGCCCCCUUUACAGGGACGAGAUCACCAAGGGCCUAACACAGGAGCUAAACAGGCUGUAUUCACUCUUCUGCUCGCGGAAUCCUGAGUUUGAGGAGAGGGGAGGAAAAGUUUCCAUAGUGUCUCACUCCCUCGGCUGCGUCAUCACCUACGACAUCAUGACGGGGUGGGACCCAGUGCGCUUCUGCCUGCAGGAGCAUCACGCUGUGGAAGAGGAGCUGGACCUGCGCUGGAUGUCAUAUGAAGAGAGGCACGUUUUGGACCAGCUACGGCUCACAAGGAAUAGGCUGCGAGAGCUGGAAAAUCAGUUUCUCACUCUGGAGGCCUCUAAACCCUCAGCACCCCCAGCCCUCAAAUUUAAGGUGGAGAACUUUUUCUGCAUGGGCUCUCCUCUGGCGGUGUUCUUGGCCCUGAGGGGAAUCCGACCUGGCACCAGCUGCCACCAGGACCACAUCCUGCCCACCUCCAUCUGCAGCAGGCUAUUCAAUGUCUUCCAUCCGACAGACCCUGUGGCCUACAGACUGGAGCCCCUCCUCCUCAAACAUUACAGCAAUGUCUCACCUGUUCAGAUACACUGGUGUAGCGCCACAAACCCCGCAUCCUACGACGAGAUCCGACCGACCUUCCUCAACCCAGUCAAAGACCCAACGUCUGACACUGAGAGCAUCCCCAGCCCCAGCACUUCGCCUGUCCUCCUCCGCAGGCACUAUGGAGAAUCCAUCACCAGUCUGGGCAAGGCCAGUAUAAUGGGAGCGGCGAGCAUAGGGAAAGGUAUUGGAGGCAUCCUCUUCUCGCGUUUCUCCCGCUCCAACAGCCAGCCUUCAGUGUCGCUAGGACUUGAGGUGGCGAACGCUGAGGAAGAGGAGCAGAAGCGGACAGAGAGUCAGUCCGCAUACGGCCUCUCCACCUUGACUCGGCCGACCUCUCCCACUGCUGACACAUCAUUGGAGCUUGAGCAGCGCAUCGACUUUGAGCUCAGAGAAGGUCUGGUGGAGAGUCGCUACUGGUCUGCAGUUACCUCACACACGGGCUACUGGGUCUCGCAUGACAUCGCACUCUUCCUGUUGACUUUCAUAUACAAGCAGAAGACGACCCCUGACCCUGCAGAAGAUACUCCAGAGCCAGACUGAGUCAGCACAUGACGCAACACAUACACUUGAAUGGUGUCUAAUAACCCUGAAAGGGUGUGUCAUCGUGACAAGACACAAAAUAGACCUUAUCCAUUUAUUUUUUCAUGCGCACAAACUGAUUUAACACACUAAUCUCUUUCCCUUCCCUAUCUCCCCUUGAUCCAGCUUUUUUAACACGACAAACUGAUUUUGUUCUAAGAUGCGUUUGAUGUCUCUCUUUUUGUUUAGCUAGUACACAAUUGUGCACCCUAAGGGUGACAGUGUUGGACCAGGAACCCCUAAGGAGGUGCACCCUUUUCCAGUACGACCAGAAAUUAUAUAUAAACAUAAAAUAAGAGUCUAAUGAGUUUAAUGCAUAGAAGUUUGUCCAUCCCAGUGGAAGAGAGUUCGAACUUCAUCUCCAAAGAAAGCUGCAACCUGUUGGGAAAGUGUCCGUAAGUUUACUGUUGAUUCAUGCUUCUACCCAGCCUCUAUUCCAGUGACUCAGUCUGGAGCCUUGUGACAGUUUUGUGAUCUUUCUAAGUUUUCUUUGACAUGACAGAGAAAAAAAUAUAACUAUAAAUAAUAAUAGUCUUAUCUUUUAAGUAAACCUUUACCUUCUACAGUAUAUCUCUCAAUGCUAGCAAACACAUUCUAAGCCUUUCAAAAUUAGCCAAACAACGUUACACAUGAAGAAUAAUUUUGUUUAGGUUUUUAUAAUUUAUUAUUACAAAAACAGAGGGCAUUAUCCCUUUAACAAAGUUUGGGAUGGAUGAAGAAAUGCAUAACAAACUUUUUCUUUUCUCCCCCCCCCCCCUUGUCUCUGAAAUGAUCGCCUCUUUUUUUUUAAAAUAUUUCAUUCAUAAAAUAGAUACCGUAUGUGCAAAAUAAAACAUGAGCAAAUUGCCACUUUUAUAUACCACACAGUCUAACAGUUCCAGCCGAACCGAACGCCAUUGUUUUCCAAAAAUGUACAGAGAUUUACGGCCAGGCUUGUAUCAUGACACUGGAUCUACACUCGUAAAAAAGGAUUUGGCAUGUAUAUUUAUUUUCUUACACGCUGUUUAUGAAUCCAGAUAGUAGUCCAAAAAAAAGUAAGUUGCUAGACAAGAGGUCUCACUCAAAACAAUCUUGAUCAAUCAAACUAAUUUCCAUGCUUUAUAUAUUAGGGAUGAGGCAUGGAGAGAAUUUUUUCUGUGCUCGUAUCUUUAUAUCGAUAUCAAGAUGAAAUCCGUGGUACUAGAAAAAAAGAAAUAUAUACAUAUAUUUUUCCUAGCGAUUUUCAAACACUUGUGGGCAUAAACAUGGAUCUCAUCUCGGGGAAAAUGGGACUUAAACUUGUGGCCAAAUAAAUAUGUCUCGCUUGUUAUCCGCUCUAUGUUACUAAUGCUCGGGCUAUUUUAUGUUCCAGGAAAACGUAAUUGGCCUCUGGUAAAAGUAGCUUCAUUUUUAUUUUGUGGCCACUUUACACAAAAGUUAAUUGUAUCUUGUUCGCCUUUUUUCCAUGAAAUGGUGACUAAUUCACAUUUUACCCUUUCAGCUUGUCUUUUUACAUGUGUAAAACACAAGCCUCUUUAGUUUUCUAGCCACCCACCACACGUGUGCUUACCUAAUUGACAUUGAUCCAAAAAAGGAAAGAAAAUAUGGACAGUUAGAAUGACUGGUUUGAAUGACUGAAGUUUUUUCCCCCCAACGUGGUCCUUUAAAAUCACACCCAGCAGUGAUUAUGCAGAAAUUAAAAGCGUAUUCACUUUGCAUGGUGAGAUAUUAACAGUGAAUGGAUGUUGGAACAAAAGUACAUUACAGAAAGUGCCAACAAACACCUAAUUAACUGCUUCUUUGGUCUUUAUUGAGUACAAGAUCACUGCAGCGAUUGUUUAUGGAUGUCUUAUUAGAUAAUUUACAACCCCAACGGAUGAAGAAAUGGACCUAGUCUCAGAUUUACAUGUGACACAGUUGAUCACUGUGUCAAAUUUUCUUCUGGGUUCAACCGUGUUAUAAUAUCAUAGUAAUCAAACAGCCUAUUUUAUUUUUUGCUGUGGUGCAAGCUACUGCUUUUUUUUGUUUUUUGUUUUUUUAUGGCAACACAAUCAAGGGCUGUUUGGGAUCAAGUUAUUGAUGGUAAAUGUCUCUGUUAUGUGUGCAAAGGCCUACUGACUGAAACCAGGCUGCCUUUCAGACGACCAGGUAGUAGUAGCAGGAGCAAAGACAAAAAAAAAAAAGGGAGCGUGAUAUGAAAGUAUUUCAACAUUUGACCUGGUGGAUCUUACACAUUCGUCAGCAAUGAAUUGCACAUAAAUUAUGUUUAAAAAAAGCCUGUUGUUGAUUUGAUUUUUUUAAAUUUUUGCAUGUGUAACAUUGCAGCAAUAGCAAAGCAACUUUAACUUGUUUCUUGGAAUGGCAGGGAUGCUGUUAACCGUGAAAACCUUUGACCUGCAAUGCGAAAUACAAAAACCAUCCGUUGUUGCCUCUGCAUCUUCAAAUCACAAUGUAUGGAUUCAAACACGGCAAAUAUAUAUUGCAGGCGUGUGGACAGUCCCUCACACAAUGUUCCUGCUUGUGUUUGUGAUUUGGCUGCAAGUUUCCAGAAUGUAUGUGUACUUUGCACAUUUUUACAUGAAUGGAAUUCUUGAUUCACGCACACAUUUCUGACCAUGCUCUGCAUGCUGAAUAAGAAAAAUAAAAUAAAGUAAGCAACUAAACUGGAGGAUGAAAGACAAUUAUGUCAAGGUACAUUGUUCUUUUGACAACAUGAGCAUUUAAUGCACAGCAUUUUGAAUCAUGACAGUAUAUAUAUAUAUAUAUAUAUAUAUAUAUAUAUAUAUAUACUUUUUUGUCUACAAACAUCAGGGAAGUGUCUACUAUCCUUUUUUUUGUAGAUUCAACACUUGUUGACCUCCGUUUGAAGCCAUUAUUCAGUAAAAUGACCAUGUGCCGUCACAGAUGUGUCAUCAGUCUUUAAAAUGUUCAGACGUCAACAAAUAAGGGCCUGCAGCCAUAUGUAAUCAGACACUGGGUGAGCAAGAGAAAUGCACAUUGAAACUUAUUGUGGGUCUUUUUGAAUGAAGUGUGAUAAAUUUGUGUUAGUUACCACUGUUAACUUUGAAUGGAUGUGUGGACAAGUGUGUUUUUGAUUGUUUGUUUUUUUUGUCUGUCCCUAGAGCUGUGCAAUAACCCAUGCCUGUAAUGGAUUCUAACUGCCAUCCAAAGCAUUGUAUUUAUUUCCUUUUUAUUAAAACAUUUCUCUUUUUUUGA